AGGAGGAGGAGCGGGGCCAGCCGCCGCCGCUGUCCCAGCCUCGCCCCGGCGCACCUGAGCUGGUCGCGCCGCCCCGGGGUCCCUGCGUUACGCCCCGCGCUCCGGGCGCCCGGCCCGCGCGCAGGCAGCCUCGGUGCCCCGGCGGGGCGCGCGUCCCACGGGCUGCCUCCGGCCCUCCGGCGGCUCGCGUGGCCGCGCCUUUGUGUGCGGCGGCCGAGGCUCCCGGGCUCCUCGUUGAGCGCUGGGCGCGACGCCCUUCCAGCCCCGCGUCCUGCGCGCUGUCCCCGGGCGCCCCCGACGGUGGAUCUAGCGGCUGCGAAGAGGCGGGCACCAGCUCCUGAGAGCCUCAGCCUCAGUCCCCGGCCCCGGGCCCGGCUCCGGCAUGGAUGUGAGGUUCUACCCAGCGGCGGCCGGAGAUCCCGCCGGCCUGGACUUCGCGCAGUGCCUGGGGUACUACGGAUACAGCAAGUUUGGAAAUAAUAACUACAUGAACAUGGCUGAGGCAAACAACGCCUUCUUUGCUGCCAGCGAGCAGACAUUCCAUACACCAAGCCUUGGGGAUGAAGAAUUUGAAAUCCCACCAAUCACACCUCCUCCAGAGUCAGAUCCUGCCCUGGGCAUGCCUGAUGUACUGCUACCUUUCCAAGCCCUCAGUGAUCCGUUGCCUUCCCAGGGAAGUGAAUUCACACCCCAGUUUCCUCCACAAAGCUUGGAUCUUCCAUCCAUUACCAUCUCUAGAAAUCUUGUAGAACAAGAUGGCGGACUUCAGAGCAGUGGAUUGCAUAUGGAUCAGAGCCACACACAAGUGUCACAGUACCGUCAGGAUCCCUCCUUGAUCAUGAGGUCCAUUGUGCACAUGACCGACGCAGCUCGUUCUGGCAUCAUGCCUCCUGCCCAGCUUACUACCAUCAACCAGUCUCAGCUCAGCACCCAACUCGGCUUGAAUUUGGGAGGUGCCAGUAUGCCUCACACAUCCCCCUCGCCCCCAGCAAGCAAGUCAGCCACUCCCUCUCCUUCCAGCUCCAUCAAUGAAGAGGAUGCUGAUGAAGCCAACCGAGCCAUCGGAGAGAAAAGAACGGCUCCAGAUUCUGGCAAGAAGCCCAAGACUCCAAAGAAAAAGAAAAAGAAAGAUCCCAAUGAGCCACAGAAGCCAGUAUCAGCAUAUGCCCUGUUUUUCAGAGAUACACAGGCUGCAAUUAAAGGCCAGAAUCCCAAUGCAACCUUUGGUGAGGUCUCAAAAAUCGUAGCAUCUAUGUGGGAUAGCCUUGGAGAAGAACAGAAGCAGGUAUAUAAAAGGAAAACGGAAGCUGCCAAAAAAGAAUACCUGAAGGCCCUGGCUGCGUACAGGGCCAGCCUCGUUUCUAAGGCUGCCGCAGAGUCAGCAGAAGCCCAGACCAUCCGUUCUGUGCAGCAGACCCUGGCAUCAACCAACCUGACAUCUUCUCUCCUCCUGAACCCUCCGCUGUCUCAGCACAGCACCGUGUCCGCCUCCCCGCAGACUCUCCCGCAGUCCAUCCCCAGGUCCAUUGCUCCAAAGCCCUUAACCAUGAGACUCCCCAUGAGCCAGAUUGUCACCUCGGUCACCAUUGCCGCCAACAUGCCCUCGAACGUUGGGGCUCCGCUGAUAAGCAACAUGGGGACGCCCAUGGUGGGCUCAGCAGCCUCCACCCAGGUGAGCCCUUCGGUACAAACCCAGCAGCUGCAACAGAUGCAGCAGCAGCAGCUGCAACAGCACCAGAUGCAGCAGCAAAUCCAGCAGCAGCUGCAGCAGCAGCAUUUCCAGCACCACAUGCAACAGCACCUGCAACAGCAGCAGCACCUCCAGCAGCAGCUCAGCCAGCAGCAGCUGCAUCUCCAGCUACAGCAGCUGCAGCACAUGCAGCACCAGCCUCAGCCUUCUCCCCGGCAGCACUCCCCCGUCACCUCGCAGCUCACGUCCCCCAUCCCUGCCCUCGCCAGCCCCCAGCCAGCCUCUCAGCAACACCAGUCGCAAAUCCAGUCUCAGACACAGACUCAAGUAUUGCCACAGGUCAGUAUUUUCUGAAGAGGACAGGUGCACGUGGCCAGGAUGUGCAGCGUGGAGGAGAGUGGCAGGGGAAGCAGGGAAGGCAGCCAGGGCUGACAGUUGUGAAGCUGGGCCGGCUAUGCAGGAAUGUGUAACAGGCCCAGCCGUCUGCUCCAGUGUCUAUUAGAUAGGCAAGAAGACUGCAGUGUAGCUGGUGACACCUUGUAGAUGGCUAUUAAAAUCACUUCGUGGAAACAAGGAAAGCUGUGCUCUUUUUAUGUGAUGCCUUUUUUUUUUUUAUUUAUUCAGGCUUUACCUACAGUAUGUGAAUCAAACUGUUUAAUGAAUCCCCGGCUAUACUGAUGACUACAAACUGCCCUGAGUCAUAGAGAAUGGCCUUAUUCUUCCACCAGUGAGUCAACCACACUUGCAGGCUAUUGGAACUUCCGCAGCCCUCAAAAUUAAAUUAAUUAAAAAGCACAGUUGUAACUACCUGAGAUAGGAAGAUCGUUUCAUACAAACAUUUGUAUGAUGUGAAUAGUUGAUGGCAUUUUUUGUCAUGAAAAAAGAUAAUGUUAAAUCACAGACUUUUGCCAAAGCUCUUAUUUUUUUCCCUAAAUCUCUCCAGAAAGAAAAA